AUGUCUGAUACUAGUUCAGAUUUAGAACUUCAACUGUCCGCACAUGCAUUGGCGGCUUUGCAAGAAUUCAAGCAAGAAGAACAAGAAAGAUUAGAGAAAUUUCAGAACUUAUACAAUGUUGCUGACAACAAAUUUGAGGAAGAUAGAAAACAGCAUGGCAUGGAGUUAUUUAAAGAGGACUGGCAGUUAUCACAAUUUUGGUAUACCGAAGAAACGGCAAAAUUAUUGGCUACUGCUUUACUAGAAGGUGCUGAUGAGAAUACCUGUAUAGCUGUGGUAAGUGCUCCAUCUGUGUAUGCUGCGAUUCAAACAUUUCAUGAAGACAAAAUUCCCACCAAGAAUAUCUACUUGCUGGAGUAUGAUAAAAGGUUCGAAAUGUUAGCUGGAAAGGACAACUUUUUUUUCUAUGACUACGUUAAUCCACUAGAUUUUGAUGAUAGAAUAAAAGGGAAGGUUGACAGACUUCUAAUCGAUCCUCCAUUUUUGAACAAGCAUUGUCAAGAGAACUCCUCUAUAACCGCCAAGGCUCUAUUGAAACCGAAUGAUAAUUCUAAGACAGACUUCGGCUACCCGAAGCAUCGGCUUAUUUCAUGUACUGGGGAAAGAAUGGCUGAAGUCAUAAGUGCGGUUUAUCCAGAUACAAAGGUCACAGAUUUCUACCCCGAACAUGCGAAUGGUUUAAGUAACGAGUUUAGAUGCUAUGCAAACUUUGAGUGGGACAAAUGGAAGUUUAUUUGA